GAUGCUAUGAAGCCGGCGAAAAUGAAAGACCACUUGGAAAGGAUCCAUUCUGACAAGAAAAACAAAGAUUUUGAGUAUUUCAAAAUACUAAAAGAGAAAUUGAGAGUUCGGCCAAAUUUGAAUACAUAUUUGAAGUCAUCCGCUAGUGUUGAUAGAGAAGGAGGACUGAAGACAUCCUACAGCAUCUCUCUUAAUAUUGCAAAGAAAGGCAAACCGUAUACUAUUGGUGAAGAGAUUAUAAUACCAGCUAUAAAAGAUGUAAUUGAAAAUGUUAUGAAGAAAGACUCCCAACUAGUUUUAAAAUGCAUACCAUUAAGUGCCAAUACUGUGCAACGACGUAUCGAGGAAAUGGCCGAUGAUGUGGAAAGAACUUUGACCUCUGAGCUCCAGCAUUGUAAGUUUGCUAUUCAACUUGACGAAUCAACUUUCGGAAGUUCAAAUCUUCUCAUGGCUUAUGUUAGAUUUCAUAGUCCAUCCCUGAAUGACACUGUUGAUGAAUUUCUAUUUGCUAAAUAUCUUGAAACUGAUUCAAAAGGUGAGACAAUUUUUUUAUGUUUGCAAGAUUAUUUGAACAAGCACAACAUUCCUUUCGGGAAUAUUACCGCAGUAGCUACUGACGGUGCACCUGCUAUGGUAGGCCGUUACAGAGGAUUUUUCGUCUUUCUGAAGAAAAAGGUUCCCAAAGUACAUACUGUUCACUGUGUCCUACACAGGCAGCAUCUUGUAGCCAAAAAACUGAGUGGCGAACUUCAUGAUACUCUAAAAGUGNAUAUAAAAUUUUAA